UCAGCUGUUAAAACCGCUGCCCUGCGCUGUGGAAUCGAGACUCGCCGAGCGUCCCAGUCCCAUCCGUCCCGCACUAGGGACCGCGGGCGGGCUCUGGACCAUGUACGGCCGCAGCAGGGUGGUGGGCACCGGGCUCGGCGCCAACUCCGCCUCCCGGGACCCCGAUGAGCGGCGCGGGGAGCGGGACCCUCUGCAAAGCCACGGGCAGGGCCUGGAAAGGACCCCCGGGGGCCCAGCGAGGGACACCUUGGGGGGCGCUGGCCAGAGGAGCACAGGUGCAUACACCUUGAUAGCACCAAAUGAAAACCGGAGACAUCUGAUACAAAGGAUUGCUGAGGAAGAGCUGGCAAACCUGGAGAAAUGGAAGCAGCAGAAUAGAGCAAAACCCAUUCACCUGGUGCCAAGGCAACUGGGUGGAAACCAAUUGGAGUCUGAAGUAAGACAGAAACAACAACUCCAACUGAUGCAAUCUAAAUACCAGAAAAAGCUAAAGAGAGAAGAAUCUUUAAGAAUCAAGAAGGAAGCUGAAGAAGCUGAGCUCCAAAAAAUGAAGGCAAUUCAGAGAGAGAAGAGCAAUAAACUAGAGGAGAAAAAGAGACUUCAAGAAAACAUGAGAAGAGAAGCAUUUAGAGAGCAUCAUCAAUACAAAACAGCUGAAUUCUUGAGCAGACUGGACACAGGGUUGCCAAACAGAAGUGCCUGUCGAAUUGUUCCUUGUGGUCCACAAUCCUCAACAUGGGUAAGUGGAACAUCAUACAAGGAGCUGUCCAGCACCUUUCAAAGAGGUGUUUAGAGAUUGAAAUUAAAGGGAUAGAAUCACAGUUAUGGCUCAGAAUGCUGGAACUAAAGGCAAA